AUGAUCUUAGAUACGGUGCAUGAGGAGUUUGAGGCAAUAGAUACGGAUCACUAUGGAUUCAUAACUAGGGAAUCUCUUGAGAAAUACGUUAAAAGGAAUAAAUUUGACCCGGAGUUAGUUGACAAAUGGUUCCAAUGGUUUGAAGGUGACGUAAAGGGAAUCAUUACAAUUGAAGAUGUCUGCACAGUUCUAGGCAUCCCAAUGCGAGAAGAAUACGCGAGGAAAGUAGAAAAGAAGAGAAAAAUGAUUCACGAAGGCAUAGUUCCGAUUCCAGUUGAGGCUAAACCAAUAUUUGCAGCUCCUCCACCCGCCCCUACUUCAACUCUGGAUGAUGUGGAAAUUAUUCACAACAACGCAAUACCUAAGGAAAUGUUAAACGCCUGUAUCCGUCUUGUCAAAGAGAACUCGCAUGGUUCAUUGCAAGAUUCCGAUAUAGCACAACUUUUGAAGGAGCAUAUGGAUCAGCAUUACAGCAAGCACUGGGUCACUGUAGUGGCUACUUCAACUAUCGGUGCUGCUAUCUCACAUGAACAGAAUGGUUUCAUUCACUUUCGAUACAAAAAUCGUGUGUGUCUUCUUUAUCGCAUUCCUGAUAAAAGGUCGUUAUAA